UCACAGGUAGGGCCGGGUGACGUCACGUCCGCCCUCUCACCUGCCAGUUCUCUGAUUCUCGUAGUGCUGUCAUUGUGCCGCUCAGUGUGUGCCCGAUUUGUGAUGUCCUCCAAUCGUCAGAUCCGUGUGUUCCCCUCGGCAGCAGAGCUUGCUCUCUCUCUUUCCCAGCUCCUGGUUAAUGAGUCUAAGGGAGUGGAUAAGUUCAGGAUCGGAUUGUCCGGUGGCAGCCUGGUGCAGCUUCUGAGCCGGGAAUUACCUAAUACUGCCGGCCUCAAUACAGAGGGAUGGCAAGUGGCUAUGUGUGACGAGAGGCUGGUCCCAUUCUCUGACCCUGAGAGCACAUAUGGCGAGUACAAGCGUCAGCUCCUUCCUCUUGGCCUUCUGUCGGAAUCUCAGUUUGUAGUCAUCGAUCCAUCUUUGAGCGUGGAAGACGCCGCCACAGACUAUGAGAAGAAGCUAAGAGAGAUCUUCCCUGGGGAUGACCUCCCGAACUUUGACUUGCUGAUUUUAGGAAUCGGCCCAGAUGGACACACGGCUUCCCUUUUCCCAGGACACCCUAUCCUAGAGGUGACAGAUAAGAUUGUGGCUCCUAUCAGUGACUCCCCCAAGCCUCCUCCGGAGAGAGUCACUCUCACACUCCCAGUGAUCAAUGCAGCCAAAACGGUUGUCUUUGUGGCCACAGGAGAAGGCAAAGCUACGGUUUUGAAACGUAUCCUGCAGGAGGAGUCCGAUCCAUUGCCGGCAGCUCGGGUCUCCCCGGUGAACGGUAAACUGCUGUGGUUUCUCGAUGAAUCUGCUGCUCGGGAUUUAACUUGCCCUGUAGAGAAACACUCAGUCCUGUAAUGUUACUGUAAGAACGCCAAGUAUCCGGAGCCGGUUCGUAAACCAAAGUCCGGAGCUCCCCACACGUCAUCCCUGGGUCUACCGGGGCCACAGGCAGAAGAAGAGAGCUGGACAGAGCAGAACUACAGAUCAUAUUCAAGCCAAGGAUAACUCAGCCACGGGCUGAUAAGGGACACACAACCAAAACAAGUUAUACAUAGUGGAAAUGUACACCGGCGCCGUGACCUCCUGGACCAAAGACAGAACUGGGACAAAAGCCAAGGAUGCGAAGACUCAGCCACGGACAGAACUGGAAUCAGGACCAGGAUAGAUGACCAUGAACGUAGUUUGAAACCUUUAGACCCGUAGCCAGAACCUCAGACCAACCCACGGGCAGGAACCAGGCUCUGGCCAGUACAUGAAGCUUUGCAGAACUGCCUUUCAUAUCAGUACCUUCCAUAUUUUUGACUCUGCCCGCUGUCCCCUUUGAUGUUCUGUCCCCCUCUCACAUCUGCCUCCUGCUAGGAUUCGCUCCUCUGUGUCAAGACGAGCCACAGCUUCCGAAAAGGUUUGCACAUUCCGAGCACGUCACCUCUGACUGCACAGUAAUAAACAUGCUAUCUCGUCCAUCUGAAGUGUGGUUCAAUGCGCGACUGCUCGCAGCGCAAAAUAAAACAUUUUACCUUAUACCUUAA